GGUGUGGUGUAGGUUGUCAGGCACCUCCUCCUGGCUGCUCUCAGCAGUAUGGCACAGUGGCCGCUGGCGUCCCCAUGCGCUGCACAGACUCGACACACCGCUGUUUGCAAGGCAGGGAGAGACAGAGUCGAGGGAAACACACGGAGAGGCUAUUUCUCUCGCCUUUUGCCGCUUGUGCGCACACUUUAAAGCUGACAUGAUCAGAUAGACAGCGAGGAGCCAGACGAGGAAGUUGGGAGGAGGGAUCACCGCAGUGUGUUUCUAUGUGUGUGUGUGCGUGCGCGCGUGUGUGGAUGCGCGCAGAGAGGGGUUUAUAUUGGAUUCCCUGACGCCUCGCAGCGCAGCGAAAUCGAAGGAUCCCUCCUUGUCCGGCUCGGGUGCCCAAAGUAAUGCGCGUAACGGGGCGCACGGCUGGAGCGCUGCAGCCGAUUCGUCCGGACUCAGGUUUUUAACCGGUUGUCGUGUCGGGAAACGCACACACCUAUGCUGUCAAUGCCAUCGCAGGUAGGCGAGAGGAUCCCGGAAGAAGUCGCAGUACAGGUUGCCUGUUUGUUUGCAUAGCAAUUCCAUUCCAGGUCAAGCGAGCGCCCAUGGACUUGAUGCCAGCUGGCUUAUCCACAAAGUAAUUGAUCUCCUCGGGUUGUGUUUAAUUGCUUUUAAAACGUUUCUGAACGGAGCGACCAUGAAGGACUUGAGGAAAAAGAAGCUGUACGUGGUGAUGGACGUGCUGUGUGUGAUAGUAGCGGCACUGCCCUUCAUCAUCAUGACCAUCCUGUUCCGGCCAUAUCAAAGAGGAGUUUACUGUGACGAUGAGAGCAUCAUGUACCCGUUUAAACCAGACACCAUUACCCAUGGCCUGCUGGCUGCUGUCACCAUCUCCUGCACUGUCGUCAUUAUCUCCUCUGGAGAGGCCUACCUGGUCUACAGUAAGAGGAUUUACUCGAACUCUGACUUCAACCAGUACGUAGCUGCGCUCUACAAGGUACUGGGUACUUUCCUGUUUGGAGCAGCUGUCAGCCAGUCACUGACCGACCUGGCCAAAUACACCAUCGGCCGACCGAGGCCUAAUUUCAUGGCCGUAUGUGCCCCCAAGGUCUGCAAAGGCUACAUGCAGGAGAUCAACUGCACUGGCACGCUUCAGGACGUCACAGAGUCCAGGUUGUCCUUCUACUCUGGCCACUCCUCCUUUGGAAUGUACUGCAUGCUCUUCCUAGCACUCUACGUUCAGGCCAGAUUGGUGGCCAAGUGGGCCAGACUUCUCCGGCCCACCAUCCAGUUCUUCCUGGUGGCCUUUGCGGUAUAUGUGGGUUACACCCGAGUGUCUGAUUACAAGCACCACUGGAGUGACGUGCUGGUGGGCCUGCUUCAGGGAGCGCUCAUCGCCAUACUCAACGUGCACUUUGUGUCAGACUUCUUUAAGAAGCGUCCUCCACGCUGCACCAGCGCAGAGACGGCUGAGUGCGAGGAGCCGGUGAGGAAGCCCAGCCUGCAGAUUGUAGACGCCGAGCACAACAACCAUUACAACUACCACCACCACAACCCUGGGCCCGUGUGAGAGGGGCUGAUGCUGGGAGCUUGGGCUGUAGCCUGCACACCCCCAACCCUGUGUAAGAGGGUACAUAUUACUCACUUCAGUCUUGAUUCUGCAAAUGACACCGUGUAGGGAUUAACUUGAGUUAUUUGCAGUCUGCAUCUUCCAGCCUGCAGACCCCCUAGCCCUAUAUGAGAUGGAAAGUUCCAUGCAUAUAAGAUGAGAAGAUUAGAGUGUCAGUAUUCUGCUCUUCUGCACCUAACUCUAUGUAGUCCUGUGUUAGAGGAGUAAAUGUAGGAGCUCGUUCUGUAGUUUGCAGCCCCCAAGCACCCAGCUCUCUCUGUGUCAACCACUCACGCUUCACCUCCUCCCCAACCACUGGACUGACUAAAGGGGCCAAAUCCCAACCCUGGAUGCUUGCACCCCCUCCCAAAGACACCACAGCGACCUCCUCUUCUCCUGAAAGAGAGAGAGGAACAUGUUGUUUGAGACAUCAUUGUUGAUGUUGAAGUGUAAUACGCUUAAUGUUUUUAGGUUUUUAUUGUCUAUAUGUACAGUACCAAAAUUGUUGGCAGUGAUUUUUUUUUUAAAGUGACAUGAAGAAAGACAAGAGUUUUUAAAUAUGAUGGCACAGUGCCUUAUUUAGCUCCAUUUUAGCACGCCCUAAGCAGGCCACACACUUCAGUAGACUAUCCAGACAGAUUGCAGAAAUGGUGCCGAGACACUAGGCAGUCACACACCAUAGAAGUCGUUGCUACAAGGAACCCUGAUGCAGCCUUGAAACAUACACACCCCUCUGUUAUCACACAGCCAUGAAAUCAAAAAGGAGAUGCAUUAGAAGAUCACUGAGCUGCAGCACAUUACUCUCAAUAGUCAGCAGCAGAGAAUCUUAUGGUCUAAAAUUUGUCGACUCUCUGCCAGCUUGCUUAAAAUGUUUGUGCAUCUAGACCAACAAAGCCAAAGAACUGAUAUUUUUGGAGCUCCCUAUAUAGGCUAGUGGAGUUAAUUGGAAUGCCACAGUAGACUGCACAACAGUGUCCCCAUUCAUCAGUUUGACAUGCAUUAUUUUAGCUGUUUCCAUGGGAUUUGAGCUGUUACCAAGUGAUAUUAACUUUCAGUGACUGUCAUGUUGUAUCGUUGCCCAUUUCAAACUAUAAGAAGGUGUCCAGAGAAUGGUCUUAGUGAUGAAUAAUGUUUGAAAUAAUGCGGCCAGCUAUACUGAGUGUUAAAGAUCUUGUAUGUGUACUGCAGCUCGUCUGUCCCAACGAUGCCACAGCCUAUCCAAAGAUGUGCCUUGGUCAUAAAGACUAGGUGUGAUUGCCAAAUCAGAUCAACAAACUGGGGCGAUACUCUCAUAAUCCGUGGCCAGGAUUAGUUAUUUUGCAGAAACAAUAUAUGCUUCAGUGCAAAGUUUUUACUGACUAUUGUUUCAUCUGUGUGAAAUGGACUGCACGGAGGUAGCAUCCAUCGAUGUGGAUAGCUUAAGUUUCUGUUGGAUUUUUUUCAACAUACCACUACUAGAUUACAAAAUAAUCACUGCCAUUCAAAUAUUUGGAUAUUUGGCCUUUGUCUUAUUUUUUCUUUUUGUAUUUUGCGCCAUUGAUAAUAAUCAAAGAAGCCUGAGUGUGCCUGUAUGAGAGAGCCAUUUUGAAAAUGGUGUUUAAUUUAUUUUAAAUAUGAGAAGUUCUUUAUUUACUCUUACAAGGUUAGAGAAGGUUAUAAAUGCCAGCGCUGUUCAGGUUUUUGUGCAAUCACCCCUGCUUGCCACUAUGAGCCACAAAUACUGUAUCUACUAAUACAAUGAGACAUGUUCCAUGUUGAAUGAAGGAUUUGUAUGUGUAUGCAUGAUGUAUGUUUUUAUUUCACAUGUAGGUAAGUUUUAAUUUCACAUGUACAACAUGCUUUUGCCCGUGCUACAUCGGUGCCUUCUCAGAAUAGUGUGUGCACCAAAGAUACACAAAAGUAUCUGUUUCCAGGUCCAAACAUAAGCCAGAUGCCUUGGCAGGGCUUUUUAAAGGCUCUUGUAAUGAUAAAAGCUUCCACAGCAAACAGUGUUUUGGAAGCCAGUAACACUGCUCCGUUCCCACUUCAAAGAUCCCUCUACUUUCCCUUUCCCUUUCCUGUGUCGAUAGAUGGGGUUAAUUUGUGAAUAACGUUUGCUGUACCGCUCUUGUAUAGCAUGGCAGGACCCUGGAGAAGUGUUGACAGAUCAGACACACCACAGAGCUGAUAGGGGCGGAGGAAGACAGAGAGAGAAUCUCACCUGGUAGUGAUUGUGAGGCCCCUAGUGCUGAUCUGGGACGCAGGAAGGCCAGGGUACUUUACAGGAGGGGCUCUCUCAUGGUGAGCCAUAGUCCCCGGGGACUUCUGCACUUUUAAAAACUCAAAUUUGCAACCAGAAACACAUGGUGCUGUUUGCAAUGAAAUGUUGUGCAACCCCCGUAAUCACCUGUGUGUCACAGCGUCCAUGUUAAUUGUCCAGAUAAAAGCAAAAAGUAAAACAAUGGAUGAGAAUGUAGCAAUGGUCAUGGCCUUUGAUUCACCUCUAGCCUUUCCUUGGAAAUAAGGGCCCUCAGUUGGGCCUGCUCUGGGUGAUGCGGCCCCAUGUGUUAUUACACUUUACCGUGUUAGUGCCUUAAACUAGGCACUGGCUGGCCUUUCUGUAGUGCAUAUGUCAAAUAUAAUUCAUGUUGUGUUUGCUUUUGUACACUGAUUUAUCUGUAGAUGAUUUGUGUGUAAACCAGAUCAUUUUAAAUAAAGACAAAUCCAUGUUCA